CGUUAGACCUUAUCUAGUUCCCUUCUGUUCUCACUACCGAUUCUCUGUUGAAGCAAUGUAACGUAUCACGGAAAAGUUCCCGGUGCAAUUUCUAGGAAGAACUGUCGGCGACGCUCGAGUAGCUGCGAAUCUUAUGCUUAUGUUCAACAAUCUCGUGCCGGCGAUAGUAAUUGUAUUCUAGGAAGUGUUUUGUGUAAUCUUCAUCGCUGUAUUCACUUCUUUACGUCAAAAAAAAUUCGACUGCGGUUAAAGUGACCGGGCGCCACCUCAUCCAUUUCACCGAAUACAUUUUACAAAGCCUUCGUUUGAUUGGUGAUCACUCAGAAUAAUAAUUUCGAAUAGUUCGGAGAAAUACGCAAUGAUGCGUUCGGAUAUCCUGUCGCUUCAGGUCGAAUUAUGACAGCAACGGGUCGGAUCUAGCAACGCAAUGCUUCCUACAUAGGAAGUGCGUACAUCAUCGCAUUAACGUUAUAGUUAUUAACAUCAACUAAGAGCAAUACUAUUUAACAGUGGACUCAACAACUAUUCAUAAUGGAGUAUCUGCUCACUUUCUUUGGUGGUCUUCACCGCAAGUUCGUCCAGCAUGGACACCCUCGUCACGGAAAAUCGUCGAUUCUCCAAAUCAGUACACCCCAGGAAGCAAGUCUACCGGUCACUGUUGCUUCCCCGGUUCAGCCUCCAUCAAUAAGUGUUACCUUCAACCCAAAAGUGCAUAUAACCGAAUCCAGCCCAUCGAGAAUUGUUUCUCUCGAACUUGCAGAAAGUGGAACUUCGUCAGUAUCUCUGUUUGGCAGCAUCAGCAAAGAAAGCUCGGUCGUGAUCCCGUCCGAGGAAUCGCUAACGACAGCACCGCUUUCCGUAAUGGAAACUGAUGAUAGCUGUCGCAGCAGUCCACCAUGUAGAUUACCUCUCGUACUCAACAGCACACGAGGUCUACGGGUCAUACCAAACUUGCCAAACGCCUUCUCGCCGAUCCUUCGGGUGCCACUAGACGAUAGUAGCAUGGGCAAUUUUGAGGUCCAGCAUCAAAAUGUGAAAACAACCUUAGGCAAUAAACGCAGUGCAGCUCUACACAAAAGUUCAUCUACGCACAGUCGGUCGGGAUCCAGAAACGAUCACAAUAGCCAGUUUGAUCCAGCAAGUGUUGCUAUCUCUGCUAAUCACUCGGUGUGCAGUGACGUCAGCUGCACUUCCCGUUGUGAUAGCGGUAGUGGCAAUAAACGAAGGAGUAUCGGAAGUAACGAUCGCGGAGUUACAGCGCUCCGAAAUAGCAGUAUCAGUUUGCAGCAGUUCCUGCAUAGGGUGAAUAUGCUCGCGCGCUCCCGAUCGCCCUUUGCUACACCGGAACCUCAUGUGAGCCCAAGGAGUAAACGGAGAAGAAGCCUAACUCGACUAUCGGGCGAAGGGACGGAUACUUUACAAAAAAAUGACGCCAGUUGCAACGCAGAAACCUUAGAGGCCGAAAACGCUACGAAAGCAACAAGAUGUACUCCAGCUUUUAUCAACAAGGUGUUUUUGAAGGAGCACGUGCGAGUCAAGCGUGAGAUGCUGAGUAUUAUUACUGGAGCAUCACAGGUCGACUAUGCGGAGAGCGACUUCGUACAAGACUGCCUCUUUUGGCACAACCAUUUCCGACGGAAGCAUCAGGCUCCAUUUCUUCUCCUUUCACUUCACUUAUGUGAGCAAGCACAACAGUUGGCGAAUUUCAUCGCACACACAAAUGACCUUUAUCAUCGAAAACUUCGAGAUAUUGGACAGAACCUGUACGUCGAGUCUUCAUAUACACAGGAAAACUUCGACGUCAAUGGCGAGACUGUUGUAAAACAUUGGUAUCAGGAACAGAAAUACUACGACUACUAUCAGAAUCAGGAUCUUCUUCACACCCAGGCUUCGCGGUUCACUCAGCUUGUGUGGAAAAGCAGCCAGAAAAUUGGUAUUGGUAAAGCUACGAUUGGAGCUAACAAAGUGAUCAUUGUGACGUUGUAUAAACCGGCGGGUAACGUCGUCGGAGAGUUUCAUAAUAAUGUAUUCGCGAUUCCCAUCCGAAGGACAGCGUUUUCUCUCGGGAGCGCAAGUACAUCGGCCGCUCAAUCCGACGAUGACUCUGCAGCGGCUUCGCCCACUUCAUCCCUCGACAAUAAUCACCUCACCAGUAGCACAAAUUGCGAAGCGAUCUUUUAACUUCAUCUCCCUCAUCGCAUG